AUGUCACUUCCACAGGUACUGGAGCGUGGUGAUGAUGUCUUGUCGGACCUUCCAAGAAGGUCCGUGUGGUGGAAUUGGGCUUCUCAAGCCACGUGUAUGGCCGUGGUUGGGUUCUCCAAGACCGUGUUGAACUUGUUCUAUGAACCACAUCUCCACGGGCUGGAGAACUUGGACAGGGCAUUAUCAAAAGCACGUGAAGAGAAUAGGGGUCUUGUGACUGUGAUGAACCAUAUGUCCGUGGUUGAUGAUCCGUUUAUGUGGGGGUUCUUACCGUGGAGGUUCUUUACCGAUUUGGAUGACAUUAGAUGGGGGUUAGCUGCUAGCAAUCUGUGCUUUGCCAACAAGGCUUCGAGUUAUUUCUUCUCAUUGGGGAAGAUCUUUGGAACUGAAAGGUUAGGUGGCUCUCCUUUCCAAGGUUGUAUCGAUGCUGCAAUUAGAGUGAUGAGUCCAGAUGAUACACUGGACUUGAUCUACGACGGUUCUUCAACUACUGAUAAGGUCUGGUUGAAUGAGAAGGAAGUGUUCCACAAAGUGAAGCAGAACUACUUGUCUCCGAUGAUAAGGUCAAAACCUUCUUGGUUGCACGUUUUUCCAGAGGGCUUUGUUCUUCAACUCCAGGCCCCUUUUGCCAAUUCCAUGAGAUACUUCCAUUGGGGUAUCACCCGUAUUAUCCUGGAAUCCACAAGACAGCCGGUGAUCGUUCCAAUGUUUGCACACGGCUUUGAAAAGAUUGCACCUGAAGCUGAAGAUGAAGGAGUCAUGAAUCGGUUUUUACCGUCCAAUAUCGGUGCAGAGGUCCACAUGUAUAUCUCCAAGGCCAUUGACGACGAAGUUAUUCACAAGUACAGGGAGGAAUGGCUCGCAUUGGUCAAGAAAUACGGGGACGGAAAGGACCUCACUCAGGAGUUGAGAUUUGGCGAAAAGGCUCAGGAGUUGAGAUCACGAUUGGCCAACGAACUGAGACAACAGGUUGCACGUAUAAGACGUGAGAUUGGAUUCCCAGAAGAGGAUACGAGAUUUAGCGACCCCAAAUGGUGGAGGCAGUUUACAAAGACUGAAGGUAAGAGCGAUCCAGAGGUUAGAUUUAACGGGUUGAAUUGGGCCAUCAGAAGACUCCACGGAUUACCAGAGAAAGAUGAUUAA